GACGUAGCGCUUUCAGCCACAUCUCUGUCGACACAGAGACCACAGUGUCUACAGUCCAUCACUGUCUCAGUCAGAGCUGCCUCCUUUGGUACAAGAUGAUCUUUCUGCUCGGUCUGCUUUGCUCCAUCUGGGGAGAACCUGCUCAGAGUCUGGAGGAGCACAGAGGUUUCAACUUUACAGAGGAUCUCCGUCAGCUCGCUGUGGGUAACAGCUCUGUUUACAUCGCUACAGAGGAGAAUCUUUACCAGCUGAGCCAUGACCUGACUCUGAUCUACAGCCUGACCCAGAGAGGGAUCUUAAAGAGAGGGGACCAACCGGAUAAAGAGGAGUUUUACAGAGACCCCAUGAAGAAGGCCUGGAACACAACUUUCAGAGUUAAUGUUUUAUUACCAUUUGUUAAGAAUGACACAUUGAUCAGCUGUGGUGUGACUGGAAACAAACUCUGUGGUUUCUGUGAAGUUCUGGACCUGAAGAACAUCAAUAAGCUGGUUUACAGUGAACACAUCCAGGUGGGACCUCAGAGGAGCAGCAGUGGGUCUGUCAGCUUUCUGGUGGAUGUGAAGAAGAAUUCAGGUCAGACUGAGACUUACAUUCUGACAGCGAUAAAGAACCAUAGAGACAAGACAGAGGAGGACAGGUGUGGGACUGAUUUAAAGACUAUCAACCUUCAAAACACCAAUCAAAACCAGUCUGGGGAAAUAUUUUCCUGGUCUGAUCAGUCAGGUGAUAAACCUGGGAUCCAAACUGAAGCUGAUGUAGAUUUUGUGGACGGAUUCCAGAUCAACUCAACAGUGUAUCUGUUCUCCAACGUGGCAUCAGGAGGUGAAACCAACAAAGUCCGUCUCAUCUGGCUUCAGGCUGAAACCAGUAAAAGUGACACUCUGAAGUCUCUUCGUGGAGCGACUCUCAGUUCCUCUGGAGGUGAAGGCAGCAGACUGCUGGCCUCCUCGGUCGUCCCAGGUGGUCAGCAGGUCCUGUGGAGUGGAGUGUUCAGUGUGGAUAAAGGAGGAGAAAACACUGAGCUGCUGCUGUUUGACAUCAGUCCUGAUCUCAGCAGGGAGAUGAAUAAAGAUCCAGACUUUUAUACAUCAGUGAACAAGCCAAACAACCCAUCAGUUCGGCUCCUGAAACCAAAGGUUGUGCUUUUGAAGCAGAACUUCAUGAGUUCUGUUCUGGCUGUCAGGCUGAACAACUGGAUGGUUUUCUUCAUUGGAACAGCAGAUGGACAGCUCAUCAAGCUUUCUGUGGACAGGAAGUACCAGCCCUCCUGUCCACAGAUCCUCCUCAGAACCAGUGGAGACAACAAAGUGUUUCCAAAUCUCCAACUGGAUCCAGUGGAUCACAAACAUCUCUAUGUGCCGUUUAAAAACCAGGUUCAACGUGUUCCAGUGUCAAACUGCAGAACUUACCAAAAUGUGAAGGGUUGUCUUUCUGCCCAGGAUCCAUUCUGUGUCUGGUGUGUCUCUGAGAAAAGCUGCUCAUUCAAAGACGACUGCAGAGGUUCAGAGAGGCUGUCCAUCCCUGAUGAAUCCAAGCAGGAAAUAGUUUCUCACAGAUUUCUGAAGGACUCCACAGGAGAGAUGAAAAUAAUCAUCCAAUCACACCUGACUAUAGAGAAGAAGGUUCAGUCUAACUUCACCUGUGAUUUCUCUACAACCUCCACCCAGCUUUGUAAAAAACAAGGACCAAAACCACAGUACCCACAAUGCACCUGCAUUCUCAAUGACCCCUUACCUGCUGAUGGUCUUGACGUUACCAUGACGAUCAGACUUGGAGACACAUCUCUGUCAGAAAAAAUAAAGAUGAUCAACUGUUCCAGUAUCCAGGGGCAACCAAGUUUUCACCUGUGUCAGCGGUGCAUCAGAGCAGGAUGUGGAUGGAGACAGAACAGCUGCUCCUGGGCCUCUGAUGCAGUCAGCAACGACAUUUGUACAAACAUUGAGCAGUUUGGGAGGAACUUUUCUGAACCAGAGAUCUUCUCCGUCUCUCCCAGUGUUGUGUCUUUCUAUGGCAGAAAUCAGGCUGUGCUGUCGGGUCGUAACCUCAGAGAUGUGACCAGAGUCAGGAUUAAAGCUGACCUGGACUGUGACCCAAAGGAAUCUCCUGUGUUAAGCAACAAUGGCUCCAGUCUGACCUUCCACAUUCCCAGCACAGAAGCUAAAGGCCUGGUCAAAGUCUGUGUUCUCCUGCCAGAUGGAAGUUGCCACGGCAACUUCACAGUUACUUACCAGACAUCACCAGCCUGCACUGAUAUUACACCAAGCAGCAGCUGGAGAAGUGGGGGCAGGAAGGUCACUAUUUCUGGGACUCACCUGAAUUUGGUGGAGGGGAUCACACACAGCCCCACCCUGCAGGAAGUCAUGCCUCUGAUGAGCAGCAGCUAUCAGACUCUCGUCUAUAAAACACCUGCAGCCAAAAACCCUCCGGUGUCCAGCAGCAACGUGUUUCUGAAAGUAGCCAAUAAAACAUUGGAGUGCUCUAAGGAAAUAACUUACUAUCCUGACCCAGAGUUUACCAGCUUCACAGCAGUGAAGGAGGGGAAAGAUGUCCGCAUCACUAUUCAGAAAAAGGCAGACAAGCUGCAGAUUACAGAAGCAGAGCUGUUGGUUGUGGGAAUUCAGAAUGAAGUUGAACAUUCCUGCAUCAUAAUACCUGAAGAAAUCAACAAAAUGACAGAAACCUUCAUCUGUGAGAUCAAAGACCUGCAAAGCUCUGACAUUGAUAUGAUCAAGGUAACAUAUGGAGAUGAAUCUAUAACACUGAACGCAUCAUCUCGACGUUAUUUUUUAAUACUGCUCAUCAUACUCCUGAUCCCCAUCACCCUGGUUGUGGUGUUUGUCGUCUACCGAAGACAACGGGAACAGCUCACCGUUAGGAUGAACAAGUUGAUGGAAAACCUGGAGUGUGACAUUAGGAAUGACAUCAGACAAGGAUUCAUAGAUCUGCAGACAGAAAAGGCUGACCUGAUGGAAAACGUCGGAGCCAUUCCUUUCCUGGACUACAAGCACUUUGCUUCCAGAACCUUCUUCCCUGAGAGUGAUUCUUUAAUUAAGCUGUGCAUCAAAGACAUUGGUCAGGACGUGGAGAAGGUGGAGCUGGAUCAGCACUGCCAGAAGUUCUCCAGGCUGAUCCAGGACCAGCUGUUUCUCACCACCAUGGUGCACGCGCUAGAGGAGCAGAAAAGCUUCACCGUCAAAGACAAGUGCACACUUGCGUCUCUGCUCACCGUGGCGCUUCACGGCAACCUGUCGUACCUGACGGAGGUGAUGGAGGUCCUGCUGAAGGACCUGAUGCAGAAGAACAGCGCCGCCGCUCAGCCCAAACUGCUGCUGAGGCGCACUGAGUCCACGGUGGAGAAGCUGCUGACCAACUGGGUGUCGGUCUGCCUCUACGGCUUCCUGCGGGAAAGUGUCGGGCAGCAUCUGUUCCUGUUGGUGAGCGCGCUCACACAUCAGAUCUCCAAAGGGCCGGUGGACUGCGUGACGGAGAAAGCUCUGUACACACUCAGCGAGGACUGGCUGCUGUGGCAGGCUCAGGACUUCAGCCAGCUGAAGCUGAAGGUGCUGUUCGCAGUGGGCAGUGAUGGAGAGGUGAGCGAGCCUCUGGAGGUGGACGCCCUCAGCUGCGACACCGUGGAGCAGCUCAAAGAGAAGAUCCUCAACACCUUCAAAACCAAGUUUGGCUUCGCGUAUAACACCUCGAUCAGAGAUGUCAAUGUUGAGUACGAGAGGGAUGGAUCAUUUCUUCCUCUUCAGGAGGUGGACAGAGGCUCCGAGGUGAUCGGGGACGUGACGAAGCUAAACACACUCAGGCAUUACAAGGUUAAUGAUGGGGCCACCAUAAAAGUGCUGUCAAAGAAAACUCAUCCUCCACUCAGUGCACAGGGGAGUGUGAAAGACGACGAAAACUUCACUGGAAAAUACUUCCAUUUGAUCGACCCCGAUGUGGAGGAGGACCACGGGAAGAACCCAGAGAGGAAGAAGCUGAAGCUGAAGGAAGUGUACCUGACCAAGCUGCUGUCCACCAAGGUGGCCGUUCAUUCAUACGUGGAGAAUCUCUUCAGGUCCAUCUGGGGGAUGACCCAGAACAAAGCUCCCCUCGCCAUCAAGUACUUCUUUGACUUCCUGGACGCUCAGGCAGAGAACAUGAAGAUCACCGACCCAGACGUCCGACACAUCUGGAAGACCAACAGCUUGCCGCUGCGCUUCUGGAUCAACAUCCUGAAAAACCCGCAGUUCGUGUUCGACAUGGAGAAGACGCCUCACCUGGACGGCUGCCUGUCGGUCAUCGCUCAGGCCUUCAUGGACUCCUUUUCUCUGAGCGAGAUCCAGCUAGGGAAGCACGCGCCAACCAACAAGCUGCUCUAUGCCAAAGACAUCCCCAAGUUCAAGCAGGAAGUGAAGGCUUACUAUAAGCAGAUCAGGGAGCAGCCAGCAGUGAGCGACGCUGAAUUUAAAGACUUCCUGAACGGAGAGUCCAAGAAACACGAAGGCGAGUUCAAUGAAGCUGCAGCCCUCAGAGAACUCUUCAAAUUCACACAGCGAUACUUCACAGAGAUUAAAGAGAAGCUGUCCAGUAACGGCGCCCCCGCUGAGCUGUUGGAGCAACUGCAGCAUGUCAAAGAUUUGUUUGACGAACUGAAGAGCUGCUCCUGGAACUGAGCGCUGAUGCUGAACUGAAGUGAACCACGACAGGAAGGGAGGAACGGCUUCCAAACCUAAGAUGACAAACGCUGAAGUGGCAACAUUUGUCACCUCCUGCAGCAAACAUGGAGCUGAAACUCUGUUUCAGAGAUCAGCUGCUUACAUUCAGGGAAAGUCUGUGACCAACAGAGACUGGAUCUUCUGCUCUAAUGCCUCAGAGACGAUGGAGACUGAACCCUGGGAAGUUUCAGGAGCUAAAACAGAAGUCACCUGAUGAACAGUAACAUUUAAUAUCACAUUAAGACAGAGGAAGUGUCACAAAGAGCCCUGAGUAAUUGUUCAAGUAAAAAUAAUCUGUACAUUUCA